AUGCCGUUCUGCAAACCUCUUAGCCUUCGAAGUAAGGUCAAGAAACAAGUUGCAAAGGCUCGUCGUGUCAUGGAGGGCAGAUUCAAUAAAGUGUUCACGUUUGGUACACGAAUUUGUGGAGACGAUGAUGGAAGCAGUGUCGGCGCAGAUCAUGGGGUCAGCGAGCCUCGUUAUCGUGAUGCUGACGUCGACUCGACAGCAGUGUCAAACGAUCCGAACACCUUCCUUGCUAAUCCCGACAAGCUAAAACUCAAACUCCAACCGACCGACUUAGAAGUCAUCGAUAGCGGCAUUCACACAGUCGCCAUUACAAGAUGUGGUGCCGCAUCAUGCUCGACCACUCCAUCGAGUGCAAAUAUUGCAGAGGCUCUUCCAAAGCAUUGCUCCAAUACGUCUCUGGCACGACCACUGGAGGAAUACGCUUGGACGGAUGAGAGAACUGAGGUAAAAUGGUCCUUAAGAGAGAAUGAGGACUGCCAAGAUGUGGAGAGUGACUGCCACGGCUGCACAUACGACCUGCUUGCGCCGUUCCGGUGCGUCAUUGCUGCUUUGGACCUGGAGAAGCUGCGCCAAAUUGCUCUUGCUCAGCGACGCGAUAUUGUUUUCGAUGCCGACCACUACCUAGACUGCGAGAUUGACCCUACACCAAGAUGCGGCAGCUACAACUUUGUAUAUAUUCUAACCUUCUCAGAUGGCGUGAAGUGGUGUGCUCGAGUGCCCGGCUGUGGCAGGCAUCCUGUCAAGACUUUGGCUGAGAAGAUGAAGAUCGAAUACAACACCCUCCAGUACAUAAAGCACAAAACAUCAAUUUCUGUUCCAGCAGUCUACUACUGGACUACGGAUGUCACUGAAGCAGGUGUUGUAUUCGGCCUCAUCGAGUUCAUCGAAGGACGACCACUGUCAGAGCUCUGGUGGGACAAGGAAACUUUCGGCGAAGAACAACGCGUGGUAACACUCACGAGCAUUGCUUCUCAUAUGCAGCAGCUCUACAAUAUUCAAUUUGACAAGACAGGCAUGCUACGCUGGGAUUCGAGCGACCCAGACCUUCCUGCCGAAGUCAGUUACGAACUCGAUUACUACGCAAACGAGGAAUGUCUGUGGGCUGGCACAAUCAAGCGAAAACCGCGAGAGGAUUUCUUCGAGGAAUGGAUCAGAAGAGCUCUAAAGGGAGCCAAAAAGGGUGAACUUGUUGGUCACGAUUUGCGAGCAGAGAAAGCCCCCGACGUCUGGCUAAAUCUUGACCUGCAGAAUGUCUUCGUGGACCCUGAUACAGGUACGGUGACUGGAUAUAUCGAUUUCGACGGUGUGGCCGUCAAAGAUGUCCAGAUUGGUGCUGCAGCGUAUCCCAAAUGGCUGAUGCGGGAUAUGGACCUGACCCGGUAUUCGCUAGAUCCACGUCAGGGAUACCACUCACCAUUCGAGAACACCCUUGAAGAGCUUGCAGAUUAUAGAUCGUGGUACGAGUAUUGCUGGACUACUGCUUGGAAAGAAGGUAAACUAGGAGAAUACGACUCGCGUUGGACUGGCCAAAGUCAUAUUCUUACGUGCAUUCAAGAUGCGUUAGUGAAACCUCUGACAAGAGAGUUCUCGAUUUGGGCUCUUGUGGACUAUGCUUAUAGGGAAGCAUAUGCUUUCGAUGAUGAGGAACGAGGCAAGCUUUGGGAUGAAGACUGGCAUAACUAUGAUCUCUGGCGGUUAAGGUAUGCAAUCGCGCACGGGAUCUGGAACAGCACAGCGAGACGCGCUUGGUGCGUCAUUUCUGCAGAGGAGAUUGCCGACGACAUUCGUUACUAUGCAGGACGUUCAGUCGACUAUUGGAGAACUGGUCGUGCGUUCUACAAUAUCUGA